AUGUCGUCGCCCGUGGUGUGUCGUGAAAUAUUCGAUGAAAACAGUCAACCAUCGGCCGAGGAAAUAUCUGACUAUGCUCAGCAACUGGGUAUUGAUCCUGAAAGUGAGAGUCAUCUCCUGCCAUUGGCCAAAGAUGGACUUAUGCAAGCACUACCACCUCCUUGGAAAGCCUAUUAUGACGACAAGAUACAAUCGCACUACUACUACAAUGAAGACACGAAGAGAACACAAUGGGAGCAUCCACUCGACAAUGUGUACAGGGAACUGGUGAAGAAAGCAAGGGAUGCGUCCAUGCAAGAUGAUACGUGCGCUUCAGUUCAGGAACUCCUAACGUCGGAGGAGAACACGAAAAACUUAGAGCGCGUCGAAACAAAGGUCGAAAGCGAUGAAGAACUAAGUACGGACAGCGAGAACCAUGCGUCCGACGUCAGAGAAAACCCAACGCUUACUGGACCUCGACGCUUAACACCAUUGGGCAGACCCCCACCAUCACCUCUAACCAGGCUCGACAAGAAACUCUCAGACACGCGAAUAUCACCCCUAAGACGCAGCGUUGAUGGUGCACUUUCCGGCAAACCAAAUCUCAUGAGAAACACUUCUGAUAGGGAUUUGCUCAGUCGUUCUACGUUCGGAGCCGAAAGACCAAAGUUGUUAUUUAAACAGCAGUCUGAGAUUAUUGAUCUGAAGAUGCAUGUUCUGAAUAGCCCUGAGGAAGAGAACUUCAGUCCGUUGUUGAUGGGUUCCAAAGUUGAUCGAGGAUUGCCUUUAACAGGAAAGGGCAGCAUGUUUCUCAAAGUAUCAAAGUCAGACCUCCCGAGUCCAGACACAGAUAAAUCGUUACCAAUAGACUCGGUUACUAAGAGUGAUCCGCCUAAAGGUAUACUUCGGGAGAAAAUGACGGACCCUUUCUAUAAGAAGGUGGAUAAUAUGUUCUUGGGGAGACAGAAGCAGCCGGUCAGUUUUGAAGAAGAUCGUAAGAGUGUCAGAUUCAAACUCGAAAACCUACCAGAGCCAACAGUCAGUCCGGGAUCGAACAGUUCAUCAGAGCAAAACGAUGGGCAAAGCUCAAUUAUUUCAGCCCCACCACACCCAGCAAUACCAUCACCAAUCAUCCCGUCAUCACCACUAUCACCAUCACCAUUCGUUUCGUCAUCACCGGUGAUAUCACCAUCUCAAGUGCCGCUAAACCAGAUUGUGUUGACCCCUCUAUCGACACGACCGCCUUUGCCGCCGAGGCCUAAUGAGAGUCCAAGGGAAACGAAGAGCUUGUCCGGUUCUGAAAGGGAUUCUGUUGACAGCGAAAGCCACGCCCGCGGUACUUCACCUCGCCGCCGUGUUCUCAGACCACCGCCCGGGGAUUACAUCAAGCCAGAUCUAUUUCAGAAGAAUUUCCAAAAAAUAUCUGAUUUAGUCAGACCGGGAGACAUAGAUACAUUGCCUGUUAGUCUGGAGGAACCGGGGCAGUCCGAAAAAGAAACUAGGCCUAGAUCACCAAUGAUACCUCAAAAAAGCAAAAUUUCAAUUAACCUAAUGGAGAGUAUAGAAUCUGAAACGUCAAUAGAUUCUCCAGACAGGGAAUUUGCUAAUUUAGACCUUAAUGACUUAGACGAAUCUAACGAAAAUCAAAAGAAUAGCAACGAAAAAGAAAUAGAAAAAGAUUUAACAAAAUCCGAAGAGAUUUCUGAGAAGAAAUCUAUCAGUUCAGAUAAAAGGUCGAUAAGUUCAGAUAAAAAGUCAAUAAGCUUAGAGAGAAAUCGUUCAAACGAAAACAUACAGAUACCUCAAAUCAAAGUUCCUAUAUUAGACUUUUCGAAAGCCAUCCCAUCAGAUUCUGAUGACUCCAAAAAGAGUUCCAUUCGCGAAGAAGAUUCCAAAUCAAAAUCUCACGAACUUUCUAAUAUAAAGUCGCCUCAAGUAAAAGUAUCACCAACACCGAGUUUGGGGUCAGAAAUGAGAUCUCCAAGACUGGAUUACUCCAAACCUUGGAGUCCAUUAUCAACCUUCAAACCACUGAACAAAUCAGUUCUAUCACCACAGAUUAAAACGUCAGAUUCCGCAUCAAGUCUUGGAAAAGGUUUAACAAGUCCUAGGUUAGACGGAGUCAUACUAUCUCAAGGAAAGUCCAGUUCAGACAAUGUAGUAGUGGUAUACCAAUUUGAGACUCAAGAGGAAUCAUUCCCAAAGCCUAUAAAGUCCCCCUUAAUUCCUGAUAUGGGAACAAGAGAUUUAAUAGAGAGGAACAAAGCAGAUGAGAGGAGAAGACUGGAGUUAGCUUUACAGAAGGAGUUGGAGAGUAUUAGACUAGAGUGGUCGGUUAGGGAGAGGAAGUUAAGAGGAGAGUUGUUAGAGGAGUUAAGGGAGGCAGAAGAUAGGUUUUUAGCGGAGAAGAGAAUGAGAUUGAGUGAGCAGGCCGAGAGACAUAAGAGGGAGAUGGAUGAGGCCCUAACAUCAGCAGAACAAACACACAGACAAACCCUAGAACAAGCUACGUUAGAACUGGAAGAACGCAACCAGCAGGACAUGGAAUUAGCAGAGAGGAGACAUUUAGACAAUAUGAACAAGAUACACCAACAGUAUCGAGACAAACUCAUCGAACAACAACGACAGUUGGAGAUAGAAAACGAACGCGCCCUAUGUGAGUUGCGGGAGCAAUUACAAGCGAAUCUGAGCAAGGAGCGCGCGCGUAUGAUAGAUGAGAACAGAGCUACUAUUGAAGCGCUUAGAGAAGAACAUACUACUCGAGUUACAGAUCUGAGGCACGAUUAUAGAGCUGAGAUCGAGCGUCUCCGAACCCAACACGCGUGUCACGUAGAAGAAGUCCGCGCCCGCCUCGCCAGCGAGCGCGCCGCCGGCCCGCGCCUGCACGAGAGGACGCUGCAGGACAAGUACAAGUGUCUCAAGGAGAAAUAUGUACGGCUCAAACAUGACGUUAAGAUGUCAAUAGAGCGUCGCAACAAAAGACGUGAGAUGAGUAUGACUACAGGUUCCGAGACUGAGAAAUCUAACUCGCACAAAGCCAACCAAUCUUUGGAAAGAUGUAAAGAAGUAAACGAGACCUCGGUGAGCGCGGUACUGGAGCCAGAACCUCGAGCUCGUAUCAACAACAACCCAAGCGUAAAAUACAAUGACAAUGAAACUUCGUACUCAGAGAGUAAUGCACAUAAACCGAUAGACAAUAACAAUGAAGACUGGAAACUUAGGAGGGAUAACACGGUUCCAUCAGCGGAGACGUCUCAGACGUCAGUGAAGCGUCCGCACCGUCGCACCGCGGUGGCGUUCCGUGAGCCGCCGCGGCGACGUCGCGACACUGACAGAGAUACAGGUGCUACAACUGACUGCCAAGAUUCUUCAGAUGCAACAACAGCCGAUGAAAAACCAAAAGAAAAUAUCAAUGGACACGGCCGACGCAGAUGUUUCACAAGAUUAAAAUCUGCUUCAACGUCGCGACUCAACUAUUCACCGAAACGCGGCGAAGGCUGGUCCAGUCCACUAGAAUCUCUUCGGCAGCAGUUGAGAAAAUUAGAUGAUUUAGAAGAUCAGUUCCCAGACUUAGCUUGUCAACCGGCUUAUAGUCUGCGGUACCCAUUUGCUGAAUUAGGUCCAGUAACUACAGCGGACACUCCGGAGCUAGAAUUCGUCCGUCACCGUGCACUGGUGGAGCGGGAAGGAAUGCGCCGCGCCCGCGCCGCGCUCAAACGUAGGAAGGCGGCGCUGAGGGAAACUAGGGCUUCACUCUCACCGCAUAGGGCGCCUUCGGAAGAACGCGAGGUCACAGAGCUAGAAGUGGCAUUACACCGCGCGCGCGCUCUGCUCGGGGAGAAAGAGAUCAGGCUGCGACAUAUCGAGAGGGCUCUGCGCAGGCUGGCCGACACACACCCUCCACUCAUACAGCAGGAAGGCACGGCGAGCUCGGCGUCGUCAGCGAGCUCAGCGUGCGGGGGCGGCGGGGGCGGUGUGGGCGGCGCGGGCGGUGCGGUCCCGGCGGGCCCGGCGGCGGGCGCCGUGCUGCGGUCACUGCGCGCGCUGCACGCAGACGUGCGCGACAUAUGGCGGGCACUCGACGCACGCCGGCCUCAUACCGCUUCCCCAGAAACAAGUUCAUGCAAUGCAGCCACUACGUCGCAGACUCGCAUGACGUUAUCAGCUCCAGAACCAGUGCUCCAAGAUAAUUCAGACGGCGGUGUCGCAGAACGGGCUCGUGGUCUCCGAGCUUGGUUACAAACUGCACCUUAG